AUGCUCAGCCGCAUCGCACCGACCACGACCCGCACUCUCCUCGCCGCCCGCGCUCCUCCCGCCGCCGCCAUCCUCGUCCCCCACUUGAGCCGACACCUCUCGGCUGCACCAGCACCAGCACCGCAGGCCACGCUCGUCCGCGCAGAGGGCGGCCUCACCUUCCUCGAGCUCAACCGGCCCCAGGCCAAGAACGCCCUCAGCGUCGCCCUCGUCGAUUCGCUCCGCCAGCUCGUCGAGGAGGUCCGCUUUGACGGCUCGACCCGCGCGCUCGUCCUGCGCUCGGCCGUCCCGAGCGCGUUCUGCGCCGGCGCCGACCUCAAGGAGCGCAAGGCCAUGUCGCAGCUCGACGUGGCCCGGUUCCUGUACAACCUGCGCCGCCUCCUCGGCGAGCUCGCAGACCUGCCCGUGCCGACCAUUGCCGCCGUCGACGGGCCCGCCCUCGGCGGCGGGCUCGAACUCGCGCUCGCGUGCGACUUUCGCGUCGCAGGCUCGUCCGUCACCAAGCUCGGCCUGCCCGAAACGCGCCUCGCCAUCAUCCCCGGAGCCGGCGGCACGCAGCGCCUGUCGCGCCUGAUCGGGACAUCGCGCGCCAAGGACCUCAUCUUCCGCGCAAAGGUCAUGGACGCGCACGAGGCGCUGCAGCUCGGGAUCGUCAACUAUGUGUCGGACAAGGGCCAGAGCGCAAGCGACAAGGCCGAGGAGGUCGUGCGGGAGAUGCUCGAGGCCGGCCCUCUCGCACUACGCGCCGCCAAGGUCGCCAUCGACGUCGGCGCCGAGGCAGACCUCGAGUCGGGCCUGGACGUCGAGCGCCUCGCAUACCAGACGAUCCUGCAGACCGAGGACCGGCUCGAGGGCCUGCGCGCGUUCGCCGAGAAGCGCAAGCCGGUGUACAGGGGACAAUAGAGCCGAUUGGUGCAACACAGAGUGCAGUACAGCGUC